GAUGGGCAAAGACGGCGUCCACCCGGGCACCGCCUACACCCUCGUAACUCCCAAGCAAGCUUCUUUCGCGGGGGACCUCGCUUACCAUUUGGAGUCCGCCAAGCAAGCCGUCCCUAAGGAGCUGGAGGCUUUGGCCAAGCAGGGGGGAGGGCGAAGAGGUGGCGGCGGUGGUGGCUUCGGCGAAGGAGGGGGCGGCGGCGGCGGCGGCGGCGGCGGGCGCGGUCGGCAAGGCGGAGGAAUUGGGUUUGUCGCUGGAAAAGGCAACAAGAGCGGUAGCGGUGGCGGCGGCGGCGGCGGGAAGUUCGGCUCCCCGGCGGGCCCGGCGCUUACCUCCGCCGCCGCGGCAGCCGCAACCAAGGGGACCGCCGCCGCUCACAUGCAGCUGCCGCCCUCUCUAAAGCUGAUGGCAGCUAGCGUGGGAGGGGGGGCGACGGCGGCGGCGGCGGCGGGGGGAUCCAGUAAAGGGAGGGUGCACAACCCGAUAGAAGACGCGUACGAUACCAAGGCGCCGUGGAGCCCGGGGUCUAAGCCGAUGUCGGAGCCGGGCUCACCGGCCGCGGGAGCGGCGGCAGGGGGAGGUUCGAACGUGCGGCGCGGGUUGUGGGGCAGGGUUCUCCCGGCCGGCAAGCCGCCGGCGGCCCCGCAGUUUCCGCCUUUGCCCCCCCCGGCGCAGCAGCCGUGGCAGCAGCCGCCGUUGCCCCCGUCGGCACAACCCUCGCAGCCUCCUCUACCCCCGACACAGCCCCCCCUGCCACCUGGGCAGCCCCCUUUGCCUCCGGGGGCACCGGGGGCGGCAACGGGGGGCGGGGGGGGGCCUCCGAGGGCGAGAAAAAGCCGGUGGAGUUAGCGAGCUCCGUCCCUGGCAAUGUUUUUUGCGGUGGUCGUUCAAGCUUGGUGUGGCAUGUCCAUCGGUUGUUUUGUCGAAACUUCUUUCUGUCCGGGAGACUUGCAAUCGAUUCUUGUUUCUGUUUGGCAUGGAUUGCUUGGAAUAGUUGAUUGGUAGUACGUGCUUUACUGCAACGUGUCUUCGUCUCUGUGGUCUGUUGUGUAUUCGCACCUGAUUAUGUAGGGGAGUGGGCAUGGGUUGCUCGAGGUCACAUGGGUGAUCUCUUUGGGAAGUUCUCGCGUUUCGGUUGGACGUUGAUUACGUUGAGGAUGUCCGGCAUCAAAAAGGGUCUUGAUUAUCUGAGCUUUUGACCUUGUCUCCUUCUUUGUCUGAUCGAGACUGGCUCGCUUCUCAGGCGCCCGUUUUGUAUGAAAUGGUGCCCACGGAAUAGGGUUCGAAUUGGAACACAAUUCAAUGGUAGUGGAAGGCGUGUUUGUUGCCACAACGAAAUGGACCUUGUUGUUCACGCACACGCGUCGGCGCCGUAGCGUAAGGGCCAGUACGACGACCAACAUCCACGAUCCGGCUCGACCCUUGUCGCCACGAAAACACAACCAUGCCAGCACAUGUCGAAUUGCUCUCGUUGUGUUCAUGUUGAGUUUGUUCAUUCAUCAUGGCCGUCCUUCUGGAGUCGGCGAGAGUGAUACACGCCUGCUCAAACGCGUUGUCCAGGGCUUCCCGACCAAAAAACUGCAAGCCUUUCGUUGGAGAGGGGUCGCUUCUCCGUUGACCUUGUAAGACAACGAUUCUUUCUGGACGGUUGGUCGUCGUUUCCCUCCCGGCGGAAGCGAAAACAGUGUUUUGAGGUUUAGCGCGCCUGGAGAUUGUGAAUUCUCUACAGCAGCGGGCCACCAACAAAGGUCGUGUU